GUCGUGUCCUGUGAACAUUCUCUCUGAAAAGUAUGCUGCAGGGAAUGACCGACAUCCCGACCAGCUGACAUACUUCAGACAUGCAGCCUAUCUUAUUUAUGAAGUCAGGGCUGCCGAGAGGGAGGGACCUUUCUGACUUGUUGACUAAGAGAGAGAGAGAAUGACUAAAACAGAGACAUGAAGAAGGAGGGACGAAAGGAUCCACAAACAUACUAGUGUAAGCUCAGCCAUCUACAGUUACAUAGCGUAUGUACCUCUGCGGUGGGAGUAGUGGAACUGUGUUUUGCCCUCCCUGCCACAGGCCCGGGACGGCCCUGGGGGUACAGGGCAGGAAUAUGGGACAGGGAGCGAGCACUCAGACCUUAAACCCGAACCUUGCCUACAUAACAGAUGAUGAAGUCGACCAUAGUGUGCCAGUUGGUGAUGGGGCGAAUCCAGCAGGAGGAACCCCUUUGGGAAAGGGCAAGACCAAGUUCCCCAACCUGGGCAAGAUCUUCAAACCCUGGAAGUGGAGGAAGAAAAGAAGCAGUGAUAAGUUCAACGAAACAUCAGAAGUGCUGGAAAGGAAGAUAUCGAUGAGGAAGCCCAGAGAGGAGCUGAUAGAGCGAGGUUUGCUAAAGGACAUCCCGGAGAAUGCAGAGGCGGCAUUGGAAAUGUUCAAUGAGACACCCAUAAUGGCUUUGGAGUCAAAAUCAGAGUACUCAGAUGAUGAUGAUCCAGACUACAGACCAGGUUGUGCUGGAGAGAGCAACGAUGUGAAUCACUCUAAAGCUCCUCCAGUUAAAAAUGGCCACACUGCACCACUGCCAGGAGACCGCAGAUCAGAUACAGCGUCAGAAGUCAAGGGACCAUCAUCGCGGCCACAGGGAGACAAACAAAGGAAUAGCCUUGCACCAGAACCGGAGCGCCGCAACAGAGCGCCCUCAGACGUUAGUCGGAACCGCCAGCCUCUAGACGUAGAUGCUCGAACUCGGUUGCCACCCGAAACAGACCGCCGCAGCCGACUGGAAUCAGAUUCGGAAAAACGAGCGGGAACGUUACCAAGAGAGAGUCACAGUCAGGAUGAGGGAAGAUAUCGGAGGGACGAGAGGGAAGAGAAAGGGAAUAGAGACAAAGACAGAGACAGACGGGACAGAAAAGAUGACCGGGACCGAGAUAGAAGAGACAAAGACAGGAGGGAUGUAAGACCAGAUAAAGAGGACUGGCACGCAAGAGACGGAAGAUCUGAGCGAGACGAACGUGAGAGAGUCAGACGGAGUGACAGGGAUAAGCAGGAAGACAAAGACUGGAGAGAUAACAGAGACAGGAAACAGCCUAGAGACAGGAAGGAAGAUCACGAAAGGAGGGUCGAGCUGGAAAGGGGAGAUGAUCAUGAACGAAAGGAACCGAAUGAAAGGAGGGAAGACCGGGAAAGAAAAGAGGAACGGGAGCGAUGCGAGGAGCGCGAGAGAAAAGAUGACAGAGACAGGAAGGAGGUCACAAGGAAACAGGUGUCUGAUGAGAAAUUAGUGCGGCCUCAGUCAGAGAUAGACAUGCGGCCCAGUAUUCAGAAGAGCUCAUCUGAAAUCGGCCUAAAGGUCCGGCCGGUUUCUGAGGCCGUCCAGAGCAGCUCACUGCCACGAUACACACCCGCUGAGGACGAGUCAAGAUUGCGAACAGGAUCAGUGGGUGUACGGUUUACUCCUGAGCCCAAACCUGGAAUAACCUCCACUAAAGAGUCACAGCAGCCCACUAAACAUGCCAUCCUCCCUCCCAAAUGGCUGAUGGCUGAUUCCUCCUCCACCGAGCCUGCUCAAGCCCCGUCCUCAUCCUCCUCCUCUUUAUCAUCAUCGUCAUCUUCGUCGUCCUCCUCAUCCUCAGCUCCCCCCGUUGCGAAGCCUCCUCCCCGGACUGUGUCUUUAAAUGUAGACAACUCCUCUCGUAGUAAUCUUGUUCCCCCCGUAACAACAGGAGACCAGGAGACCCUGCCCACAGUCCCCACCCACUCGGCCCCUCCAGUCUCUGUUGCCCCUAAACAGCCCCCUGUGCCCCCUCCCAAACCCACCCAUCACAACAGCAACACUGCAGUGCAAGCUGCAACGUUACAGAGGUAUAGUAAAGCUCCACCUCCUCAGUACUGGACAAGCUGGAGACAACGGCCAGAUCCCGGAGUCUGUCUCUCCCUGCCAACCUACCUCUGCCACAGGGGUGCUCAGCUCCGCCCAGUGGAUCCCUCUCAAACUGCAGUCCCAGUCAAGCCAUCUCCUCCCAUUCCUCCAAAGAGGACUACACCUGUGACCAAACGCCACUCAGACGACUCCUCAACCAAUCAGCCCGAGCUUCCGUCCACAGGCCCCGCUCCCAUCCCUGUGCUGGCCCCAGUCCUAGCUCCUGCCCUGCCCCCUGUCCAAUCAGAUGAUGGCAGUAAUGCAAGCUCUGAAGAGUUCUCUCCUCCACCAACCCAUAUCCCCCCAUCCCCUCCUCGGGCCCAUUUGGCUCCUCAUAUGGACCCGCCCAGCCCCACCACAGAGCCGCCCUCUCAGCCGCCCUUAACUCUGCACAUUCUCAUCCAGAGGGCCUUGAACAAUCCUAGCCCAUCCCAACCCAACCAGGAUGGAUCCCAGCGGGCACAUUCACUUCUGUUUGAGCUGCCGGAUUUCCUCGCUGAGGCCCCAGGAGGAGGGCGAUUCUCCCUUCCAGUCACUAUCGAACCACUCCGACUGCCUGAGGAUGAUGAUUUUGACAUUGAAGAAGAGCUGCAGAAGCUGCGACCAACCCCUCGACCCGCACAACAGCCGGAGCUUGAGCCACGGAGCCGCCGAGGUCUGGUGGGCGACCCUCGAGUCACGGUCAUACCUGAGGACGGUGGACCUGGAAACAGUGAGGAUGAGGAAGACAGCGACUCUGAUGGACCCAUUAAUUACAGAGAUGAGGAAGAUGAUGAUGAGGAAGAUGUUCCCACAAGUAGUCUUGCGAGUCGUGUGAAGCGUAAGGAUACUCUGGCACUGAAGUUGGAGUGUCAGCAUGAGAAGGAACAGUCUCAAGAGCAGGACAACAGCACCUGGAAGAACAAAGAGCAGUGGGAAGCACUUCGCAACCAGAUUGGCAGUACACUCACAAGGAGGUUGAGUCAGAGACCCACGGCACAAGAACUCAAGCAGAGAAACAUUCUCCUAGCUAAGAAUGAAGCUGACAGACGGGCAGAGAGAAGUGAGAUCAAACGCAGGCUGACCAGAAAGUUAUCACAGAGGCCCACAAUAGCAGAGCUUCAGGCCAGAAAGAUCCUGCGUUUUCAUGAGUACGUGGAGUGCACUCAAGCUCAAGAAUAUGACCGCCGCGCUGACAAACCCUGGACCAAACUCACGCCUGCUGACAAGGCGGCCAUAAGAAAAGAACUGAAUGAGUUUAAGAGCUCAGAAAUGGAGGUACAUGACGAGAGCAGGAUUUACACCAGGUUUCAUCGGCCAUAACCAGCGUCUCUGUGGAGGAAGCCCCAGACAGAUAAAAGCUGCCUCUAGGACUGCAGGCUGAAAGCCCUCCAUCUCACUCUAUUACCCAUGACCCUCCAGUGUAAACUGAUGAGUGCCCAGGCCAGUCACUCAGUGCUAUCGAGUGAGGAAGAGGAAGUGAUGCAGGACGCAGGUAAUUCAUUUCUCACACCCUGUUGAGGAGCGGGUUUGGACUGCCAGUCCUCUGAAGAGUUCCCUUGAUUCCUCGUGACCAGAUCACUCCGUUUACUGGGAAUUUCAGGGAAAAGGCAACAUAGAACUGUGUGGCUUGGGCUGUUUUAAUUUUCUUUAUGGUGCACAAGAAUAGACUUACAUGUACACAACAAUAAUUAUUUUAUGGAAAUUACAACACUGGUGAUAAACAAACUGUUUUAGUGGUGAGUGAAUGGGACUGUGUGUGUGAGAGUGUGAUUCAUGGAAUAUGCUGUCCCCUUUUGCCUUAACACUGGUACAACAUGUGGACUUUUGUACCCUGACCCUAGAGUAAUAAAGUCUGUUUAUACAGAUGUUUGUAACACUGAAAGCUAAUAUUUCUCUGUUUCUCAGCUGAACACAUACUGAUGUGUCUUUCUGAAAGCACAUCUUUGACAUUCUCAGGACAGUAAUACAUGGUAACCUGAUAAUGUGCAUUUGACUGUAAAUUACUUUCUAACAUAGAUAGGUCUUCAAUAUUUGUAUAGAUAUUUAUAAAAAUAUUCUUUUUUUUUUUUUUUAGCAACACAGCACUUCACUUUAAAUGCUUGAGGGUGAAUCUCACAAAAACAUGUCCAGGUAAUAUAAUACUAUAAAUCAUAAAUGAUGUAUCUGGAAAAAAAAGGAAAAGAUUUAUGACCAUUACAAUUUUUUGCAUUGUGACACUAUUCUUAAGACAUUUAAGCUCAUUUAUCCUCCUAAUAUCUCAUUAGCAUAAUGUGUUCAGGCAUUAUUUUCAGUUUAAAUAUCUGUAAUGCAAUAAAAAAAAAUUAUAAUAUCAGCAUAACUUGAAUGCAGUACAACAAAAACUGUGUAAAUACUUGUGGAAAUGUGAUUAAUAUAAUAUAUAUUAUCAUUUAAAACAAAAUGUCAUAUUACAACAAAUCUUCAAUGUUCAAAUCAUGGAGUACCUAAAGUACCCUUCUAUAUUUCUAUUUGCAAAAUAUUAAUUUAAUAUUUUAUUUUAAAACAUUUUGAGGUGAAAUGUGACCUGGACCGAAAAAAGUUUCAUCAGAUUAACCCUUCUUCUGUAGAUUACAUUUUAACACUGUAUAUUGAACAAUUUUAUACCAUAUGUUGAUGUUACAUCAUGGAGUCACUGUAAAUGUAAAAAUGUUUUGAACUCAUUUUCACUGCUGGUUGUAUGGUACACUUUGUUUUGUAGGCCUUGUGCACUGUAUAGAUAAAUGCUAUAGAUUGAUUGUAUUGUAUAUCUUGUCUUCCUGAUGUCUGAAAUUUGGUUUAAUUGUGAUUAUUGUAUUACACUAUCCUGUUUUUAUAAAGCACAACAGUAUGACUACAGUGAUAAAAGGAUCCAGUACAGAUCUGUUUUAUUCCACUGCUGUAUAGUUUUUUUUUAAUGUAAAGAUGUAUACAAAAAAGGUCUUUCAAGAAUCAAAUGUACAUUCAUGUCUCUAUUAAUAAAAAAUAGAAACUGUGA